CAUUCCCAAAGGACUAGGGACAUAGCAUAUCCCAAGCAUAAAGACCCGAAAUUUCCAGCUCCCACGUCUAGCCUUGAAGCCCGUUUCACAGUAAAAUUAUCUAUCCCGCACUUUUGAAGUACAAUACUACCUCUAUUAUUAUACAUUUUUAAACCACCCACACACUAUGGAGCAGCAACAAGAUAGCAAGAACGACAAAGCUGAUGAGCAAAUUAUCUUUGGCACAAAUGACGGCCGUAUUCAGCCGUGGCGCGAACACUGGAAGCCAGGGCCCAAAGGCGACUACUCAGACAAGCUCAAAGGCUUCAACAAAGGCCAGAAAAUUGCCCUAGGUGGUACCAGCGGCAAUGAUGGCGAGAGUGAGCGCAUUUUGUACGACUCAAACUCGGAACUGAACACAGAUGCCUAAAUCUAUUUGCGAAGCUGUCAAUUUCCGACUCCAUGACCGUUAUCAGCUAUGAGGAACAGUGCGCAAAGUGGAGAUGGAGAGAAACAUGGAGGUCUACUGAAAAUGUUCUAACGGAAGAGUAAAUGGGGAGGAUAUUUAUGUAUAUCUCGUUACCUACCCACCUAUCAAGUAUAGAGAUUAAAUACAUAAGCAAAAUGAGAGGUUAAAUAC